AUGGCAGGCAAGCGCAAACGAACCCAGGGCGGCGGGUCGACGACCAAGCAAAAGCCCAAGAGCGAGCACGACCUGAUUGGCGCCGAGCAGGCCAGGGCGCACAUCAACGCCCAGGCCGGCGGCAAGGUCGUCAUCCCGCAGAAGCGGUGGUACCGGCAGCGCGCGCACGCCAACCCGUUUUCCGACCACAACCUCGCCUACCCCUCGAUGCCCGAGACCAUGGACUGGUCCACCAUCUACCCGUCCUUUUUCCACCCGCCCGCCGCACCGGGCCACGGGUCCACGCCCAAAGCCGACACGCAGGGCCGCGAGCGCGCCGUCGAGUUCGCCGAUGUCGGCUGCGGAUACGGCGGCCUCAUCAUGGACCUCGCCCCCAAGUUCCCCGACACGCUCAUGCUCGGCCUCGAGAUCCGCGUCCACGUCACCCAGUAUGUCCACGACAAGAUCGUCGCGCUGCGCCUGGCCAGCGAGAGGGGCAAGAUCGACGUCGCUGCCGCUGCUGCCGAGGAGCAAAAGACGGCGGCGGCUGCGAAGGCCGACGGGGGCGAAACUGCCGCCGCCGCCGCCGCCGAUGAGAACAGAGCUGCCGACGCGGCCGAGGCCACAUCAACAAGCUCGGCACCGGCACCGGCACCAGCACCACCCGCACCAACAGCGACGACGGACGACGACGUCGAGACGCAAGAGGAGGCGGCGCAAAACGCGGCGCUCGUCUCGUCGGCGCACCUGGUGGCGGGGUCCUACCAGAACCUGGGCGUGCUUCGCGCCAACGGGAUGAAGUUCCUGCCCAACUUUUUCGCAAAGGGGCAGCUGUCGAAGCUCUUUUUCCUCUUUCCGGACCCGCACUUCAAGUCGCGCAAGCACAAGGCGCGCAUCAUUUCGCCCACGCUCCUCGCCGAGUACGCCUACGUGCUGCGGCCCGGCGGCAUCGUCUACACCAUCACCGACGUGCGCGACCUGCACGUGUGGAUGGUGCGCCACCUCGACGACUUCCCCCUCUUUGAACGCAUCGACGAGGAGCGCGAACUCAAGCACGACCCGUGCGUCGAUGCCGUCAAGUUUGCCACCGAGGAGGGUAAAAAGGUACAGAGGAACAAGGGCGACAAGUUCUUCAUGGCCUUCCGCAGGCUGCCCGAUCCGCCGUUUGGGCAAGAGGAGCUCUAG